UCCCGGCAGUCUGGCCGCAGCCCUCAUCAGUCAGGUAUGCUGUCUGCUCACCUUUGUAGGCCUUCUCAGCAGCCAAAAGGUUCUGCAAACCGCAGCCACUUUAUGUUCCACUAGCGAAACGAAUUACUACCAGCCCUCGAGGGAGACCUUGGCAGUCAUGAUGACGAUGCGCAGGAGAGAUCGCUCCAAGGAACCCCCAGCCGCUGAGGCCAAGUCCCAAGGGAAAUAGCUUGCAGCUCUCGGGACUGUGUAGCACUCGAGCUGUGACUAUAGAAGAGAGGAGCCGACUGGACAUAUCCACAGCAUGCUGGGCAGAGCCAUGGUGAGGACUGCUACGUGUGUGUACCACUUCAUUCUUUUGAACUGGUAUAUCUUCCUCAAUUAUUACGUCCCACAGCAAGGGACUAUCUUCCAAGGCGGUGCGCAGUCAAAGUACUUGACACUCCUCAAUCUGCUCUUGCAGGCUGUUUACUUCGGGGUCGCCUGCCUGGAUGAUGUGCUGAAAAGAAUCAAAAGGAAGAAAGACAUUAAGUUCAUCACGGCACUCAGAGACCUGCUUUUUGCCACCCUGGCUUUUCCUGUCUGCACAUUUGUAUUUCUGAUGUUCUGGACCAUAUUUCUCUAUGAUCGCGAGCUUGUUUACCCCAAGCUUCUAGAUGGCAUUUUGCCAGCGUGGCUGAAUCAUUCAGUGCACACUUUCAUAUUGUUAUUCUCACUGAUUGAAAUCAUCCUCAGACCUCAUCAGUAUCCAUCGAAGAAGACAGGACUCAUCCUGCUGGCUGUGGGUAGCAUUGGUUACAUCAGCAGGGUCCUGUGGCUGCACUCCAAGACAGGUCACUGGGUGUAUCCUGUGUUGGCAAAACUCAGCCCCGUGGGCCUCGCAGCCUUCUUCUUUCUCAGCUACAGCCUGACUGCCAGCCUCUUUCUACUUGGAGAGAGACUCAACCACUGGAAAUGGGGUGACAAGAAGCUACCCAGGAGGAAAAUGGAGUGAUAGUAUGCUAUUUUCCAACAACAGGGAAGGAAGAAAACAUGAGACUUUUUUCUCUCAUCUGUUAUUAUUGUUUCUUUUGGGAGGAGGUGGUAGAAUGACAUAAGCAAGUAGAAAGGAUAGAGGGUGAUGUUUAAAUUUAAUUAGAGGGUUAUAAGAGUAGCUUUAUUUGAAGACCCUUGUUUUGUGAAAUGUUGAUGGUACAUGCCAAAAACAAUUCCUGCUGUCUCAGAACUUGUUACCUGUGUCUGACUUCCCUGGAGGGUGGCUUCUGGUCAAAAUCUGGCCAAAGGCCAAGGAAACUCAUGUAAACUUGGUGUCAGGGAGAAUAUUUACAGAGGGAGAGAGAAAAACUUAGAAGUCAAGAGGACAAUUGGUGAAGACCCAAAGGAGAAGUUAACUGCAUCAAAGUUGUGUUGAAAUGAAGACAAUGACUUCAUUCUCUCAAAUCUCCUAACUCUAGUUCUGUGCCAUUUUAAAAAAUAAUGCUAACUUUCCUAAAAAAAAAAAAAAAAAGAAGUAUUUAAUGAGCUAGUUAUUUUCAGGUAUUUCUGAUCCAUUUGUUUCUUGAUUUAGAAAUGUAGGGAGGUGGACACUACUGAAGUUUUCUAUCUACCUGGUACAACAGCAAAUUAAUUGGGGAAGUCAGAAAAUAUAUUAUAAAAAUAUUGGGAAAUCUAUCUUUUGGGAGAAUGAGCAUUUAGAUCAGAUAUGAGCAGUGAAAUGGACAUUGUUAAAAUCUCUUCCAUUCAAAUACUGAUUAAUUCCUCAAAUAAAAGUUGUACAUUAUACUUAGGGAACAGACUGGAUGGGAAAUAAUGUAAUUUUAAGAACUGCUGAGAUUUACAUCUAAUUGUCAGAUGAUUAACAAGGAUUUGUGAACCCUA